AUGGGCUACCUCGAUCUCGGAACCGUGCCCUAUCUCCAGGCGCUCCACAUCCAAACACGCUUCAACCAACUCCGCAUCGCCAACCUGGCCAACCUGGCCAAGCCAAGCAGCCAGCCCGACAAGCAGCCCAAACUAACCGACACCCUCUUUCUCCUCCAACACCCACCAGUGUACACCAACGGGCUGCGCAACCGCGGCAAACUGCCACCGUCCGAAAUCCAACGGCUGCGGAGCCUCGGCAGCGAGUACGUUGAAACCGGGCGCGGCGGUGAAAUAACGUUCCACGGGCCAGGCCAACUGGUCCUAUAUCCGAGCGUCUUCCUGCGCAAUCACCACCUGGGCGUCAAAUGCUACGUCGAGGGCCUGGAGAACACGGUCGUGGAUGCCUGCAUGCGGCUGGGGGUCAAGGCGCAGCCCUGGGAGGGGUUUCCUGGCGUGUGGGUUGGUGGGCGGAAGGUUGCUGCGGUGGGCUCCGGGGUUAAGCGAUACGUGACGCUGCAUGGGCUGGCGCUGAAUUGCUCAACGGAUAUGCGCUGGUUCCAGCAUAUUGUGCCCUGUGGGCUGGAGGGCAAGGAGGCUGUGUCUCUGGAGCAGAUCCUCUCGCGGCGCGUGGAAGCCCAGGAGCUGGUCCCGCAUAUUCUGUCGAGCUUCAGCUGCGUAUUCAACUGCGACCUCUUGCCGCUGCAUGAGCUGUCGCCGCUGACACAUCAGACCAUUGUGGGUUUGGUCGACGAGAGCAAAAAAGCAAUAAAUAUGUAG